GCUGCASGGAGCUUGUUCUGCUUUGUGUGAGACCCUCCUGCUUUUCCAACACGUGCUGGUCCAUCUGCUGGAUGUUUUAGAGCUUGGGUGACCCCUCUGGGUCCAUCAGAGAGUUCCUCAUCAUCAGCCCCAACAGCAGCACAUCCCAUUUGGGCACAGAGCUGUUUGGAGAUCUUCUGAAUUUGGCUCCUGCCUAGAGCUGCCAGAUGAUGGAAACAUUUCCCUGGCGAUGUCUCUGGGGCGACUCCUCCGUCGAGCCUCUUCCAAAGCGUCCGACCUCCUGACCCUGACUGCCAGCAGUGCUGGUGGUUCCUCCUCCGUGCUCGAUGGGGACAUCAUCUACUCCAAAAACAAUGUCUGUGUGCACCCCCCRGAGCUGCUGCAGGCCCUCGGGGAGCACCACCCAGGCUAUCUGUGCUUGUACACGGAGAAGGACGAGCUGCUGGGCAGCACUCUGAUCCUGGCCUGGGUGCCCAACGCCCGUAUCCAGCGGCAGGAUGAGGAGGCUCUGCGCUACGUCACCCCCGAGAGCUCCCCCGUGCGCAAAGCGCCCCGAAAACGCGGCCACCACGCCCAGGGCUGGGCCAGCACCCGGCCUGUGUCCCCUUCAACAGGCACCCUCAGAGGGGAUGAGAUCCUGCCCGUGGCCCAGCUAUCCAGGGAUGGUCCAGAAGGGGAGAAGCUGGCACAGAGCAGCAGCCGGCGGUCCCCGCAGCCGCCCCGCAGCGAUUCGGGGACUCUGUCCACAGUCAGCUCCCAGGAGGGCACGGAGGAGGGCACGGACUGCAGGGAGGAYGAGGGCUCCUUGGAGCUGUCUGCUGAUGAUGUGAGCAGGGACAGCACUCUGGACUCUGAUUCUGAUGCCUUCUCKUCCCCGUUCUGCCUCUCUCCCAUCAGUGAAGCCCUGGGGAAGAGCAGCAGUUCUGUGUUUCUGGACAGUGAAAGCAGGGACACGUGUGACAAUCGCAUGACCUGCUCCACCAGCUCUGCCUCCAGCCUGGACACCAGUGCCCAGUUCCAGGAGAGCAAUGGGCAAACRCAGAGCUCCAGAUGGGAUGAACAACAGAAAGUGUUUGCCCUGGAGCAGCUGUGUGGGGUCUUCAGAGUGGAUCUGGGACAAAUGAGAUCCCUUCGCCUCUUCUUCAGUGAUGAGGCGUGUACCUGCGGGCAGCUGGUGGUGGCGAGCAGGGAGAGCCAGUACAAGAUCUUCCAUUUUCACCACGGGGGGCUGGAUAAACUGUGUGAGGUGUUCCAGCAGUGGAAGUACUGCACAGAAACCCAGCUCAAGGACCAGCUUGCAGAUGAGAAAACCUGCAUGCAGUUCUCCAUCCGGCGGCCCAAGCUGCCCUCAUCAGAAACCCACCCCGAGGAGAACUCGUCCCGACGCCUGGACGUGUCAGCCUGGCUGCAGCACCUCAACCAGAAGGGCCAGGUGCAGGAGGAGUACAAGCUCAGGAAGGCCAUUUUCUUUGGUGGGAUUGAUAUUUCCAUCCGUGGGGAGGUGUGGCCCUUUCUGCUGCACUACUACAGCUACGAGUCCACGUCUGARGAGAGGGAGGCACUGAGGCUGCAGAAGAGGAAAGAAUACUUUGAGAUCCAGGACAAAAGGCUGUCCAUGAGUCCCGAUGAGCAGAAGGAUUUCUGGCGCCAGGUGCAGUUCACAGUGGACAAGGACGUGGUGAGGACCGACCGCAGCAAUCAGUUCUUCCGAGGGGAGAACAACCCAAACGUGGAGACCAUGAGGAGGAUCUUGCUGAACUAUGCAGUAUUUAACCCAACCAUUGGAUACUCCCAGGGCAUGUCYGACCUGGUUGCCCCACUCCUGGCAGAGGUUCUGGAUGAGUCKGAUACUUUCUGGUGCUUUGUGGGAUUGAUGCAGAACACGAUCUUCAUCAGCUCCCCCCGGGAUGAGGACAUGGAGAAGCAGCUGCUGUACCUGCGAGAACUGCUGCGGCUGAUGCACCCCCGUUUCCACCAGCACCUGUGUGCCCUGGGGGAGGAUGCUCUGCAGAUGCUUUUCUGUCACCGCUGGAUYCUGCUCUGCUUCAAGCGCGAGUUCCCCGAGGCCGAGGCGCUGCGCAUGUGGGAGGCGUGCUGGGCUCACUACCAGACAGACUAUUUCCACCUCUUCAUCUGCGUGGCCAUCGUGGUGAUCUACGGCGACGAUGUCAUCGAGCAGCAGUUGGCCACUGACCAGAUGCUGCUGCAUUUUGGCAACCUGGCCAUGCACAUGAACGGGGAGCUCGUACUCAGGAAGGCCAGGAGUCUGCUCUAUCAGUUCCACCUGCUCCCCCGCAUCCCCUGCAGCCUGCACGAGCUGUGCAAGCUGUGUGGCACAGGAAUGUGGGACAGUGGCUUCAUCCCUGCUGUGGAGUGCUCCGGCCACCACCCCGAGUCCGAGAGCUGCCCCUACGGAGGGAUGGUGGAAAUGGCUUCUCCUAAAGCCGGGACUGAAGGCAAGAAAGGCCCCAAAACACGGGAUGUCUUUGCCUUCCGAAAAUAGCUGAGAGGAACAGGGUGUGACRGCCAAAGGGAAGGGAAGGGCAGGAAGGAUGUGCAUAGGAAAAAAUGCUGAAGACAAAAAUGGAGGAAUACCUUGUCAAGACUCCUGAGAAGAUGGAAAGGUGGGGAAUGGAAGAGGAAUUAAAUUGCUCUGUAUAGGGAAGGUUUCAUUGCACAGGUGGUGCAACCUGAGCAAAAGGCGUGGACCCAGGAACGGUGUUUGGGUUUGAUUUGUUAGAAACAAGCUUUUCUAGGUSUUUACAAGGAUUUUUUUUUAUUUUGCCUCUGGGACUGGACUGGUUAGCAACCAGAACUUGGUGAGAGAGCUCUCCAGGAGCCAAGGCAGUGCUGGUGGACAGGAGCAGAGCCCUCACCCAGAGCACACCACACACUCUCUGCUUCAACCAAAAGUGCAGCUUCAUGGCUUCUUCCUAAAGCCAUUAAAGCCAUUUUAAUUAUAAUCUGCCAAAAAUAAAACUGCAGACCGUUGGGAUUGCAGGGAAGGUGUCUGCUUUGUCAGCAAGGAAGGACUGGUGACCUCGAAGCCUUGUCUCAGGCCUUUUCUGGUUUUAUAGGAUUAACUGGCUGGCAUGAUUUUUUCUCCAUUUGUACAGAAAAUGUACAGCCCCAGGUCUCAGAGCACUGCUACUCUGAGUCAGGGAAUUUCACAGACACUGCCCAAAGUUUUCUAAUUCACGACACAUUGGCAAGAAAUUCUUCCCUGUGAGGGAAGUGAGGUCCUGGCACAGGGUGCCCAGAGGAGCAGUGGCUGCCCCAUCCCUGGCAGUGCCCAAGGCCAGCUUGGACAGGGUUUGGAGCACCCUGGGACAGUGGGAGGUGUCCCUGCUCAUGGCUGGGGUUGGGACAAAAUGAGCUUUAAGGUCCUUUCCAACCYGAACCAUUCUGUGAUUCUCUGACAUUACAGCAAAGCUGUUUCUCUAUGCUGACAACUGCAGACUUUAAUACUUUAGUUCUGUUGUUUACA